AUGCGAAGCCCUAUGAUUAUUGUGUAUAUUGUGACCAUCCAAGUGGUCUUUGGAAACAAGUCGUUUUUACAAUAUUUGAAAAAUCAAGCGAACAAUUUGGAGAAAGGCCUUCAUUCUGUCAUCAAAGGAGGGGAAUACAGUAACAAUGACCAUGUUGCGUUUUCAGCUUAUCAGUCUAAAGCUAAAAGUUACAAACUACAUGAAACAUGGAUCCAUGAUAAAGUUCUUUUAAACGAAGGCAAUGCAUACAACAAGGUAACAGGCACAUUUAUAGCACCUUCUGGUGGAACAUAUGCCUGCACCUGGUGCACACUGACAGACCCAUGGAAAACAGCUCACCCUUACCUGAGGGUUAAUGGUCAUUACAAGGGAUUUACAGCAUUCAACAAUUCCCACACUUCACAGAGUGUUUGGAGUAGCGGUUCGAACACGAUUUUUGUUCGUCUGAAGAAGGGAGACAGGGUUGAUAUUGCUUCUGGGUACCUGGCAGCUUAUGCCAGAGAAAACUGGACUUCGUUCUCCGGCUGGAAGAUAUACUAA